AUGGAUUCAAACGAGGAAUUUGUUGUUGUUAACGAAGAAAAUGAUAAUCGUCGUGAUGCUGUAGCCCGCCUCGAUGUUCUGGUUGAUUUAUUUAAGCAGACAAUACGCACUCUCAAUCAAUCAAGUAUCCUGUUGAAGGAUGAAUUACAAACUGCCAUCACUGUAACCUUACAAAGUAGUACACCAGAUCAUUCAUCGACUGUUGAACACUUAGUAAAGCAGCUAGAUGAUAUUUCGGUAAGCCCCGAGGAAGUGCGGAAGACCUACGUGAGGCAGCUGUGUUCACGACUAGUUGCUGUCAAUGAAGAGAAGCAAGUUGUUAUGACAGAGCUAGUGGAGUUAAAUAAUCAGCUUCGUAAAGCAGAAGCAGAGACUCGCAAAUGGAAAAAACUCAUUGAGCCGAUUUUGAAGAUUGAAACAGAGAUCAAAAAGUUUGACUCAACGCUCUCUUCUAAAGAAGAAUCUGUUUUGGACGAGACUGGAUCACUUCUUAGCGAUGACAGUACAGUCGAUGAUGUAUGCAACUUCCUAAAUUCUAUGCAUAACAGAAUUCAGACCUUGCACACCGAGGCAGCUGCAAUAAAAAAAACCGAUAAAAGCACUUCGGAGACAUACACUCAAGUUUAUUUGGCGAACAAGCUCCAAAAUUCCCCUGAUAAAGACUGCAUGAACAAUAUGAACUCUAAUGGUAUUCAGGUUUCUUCUAAUGCUCCAAACCACGAAACUCCAGCAUAUACUAAUCUUGCAAAAGAGGCGAUUGAUCAGGCUUCACUAACGAGAAAUAUUGAUUUGAAGGAACUUGUUCGUGAAGAGGUCUUACGUAUUUUAAGUGAAAGGAAUCAAGAUUUUUCAACACCUAACACAACAACUUCAGUGGUAUCACUGUCAGAUGAUAAACUCUUAGCUCCAGUAGCUAACACACCACCUACUCAACCCGAAACUUCUGUAACACAUAAUGUUCCAAGUGCACCAAGUAUUUUAAAUCUUUGGCCACAUCUUUCUUUUAAUGGUGUCUCAAGUAAACAUAUACCCCCUCCAUUGACAGCUGGUGAAGAAGUAACAGAAAUUUCCAACAUCAACGAAUUUAGUUCGACUCCAUCUGCUCCUGACAACAGUCCAGAGCAAUUGACGGAGAAUCAAGACAGUCGUUCCAAUUAUGGGUCAUGGUUAACCGAACUGGGUCUCAAUCCUUGUGAGGAGUCGUUCAAAAAACCUAUGGAAAGGCCAUCUGUUCCAAGUUAUUCGGUUGAUGAGGAACAACCGUGGUGUCCUGGAUGUCAUCAAAUGUUUGCAUCCCGAGCUGAUCUAGAAGAACACCUCAUUGAUUGUUUAUUGUGA